CUAGAUAAUUCGUCUUUGAGUUCAAUGAGUGGAGAGUGGACAUGAACUGAAAGGCUGGAGAUCAAAGCAAGCACAGACGGCUUGAGGAACCCCCUUUUUAAAAAAUAUUUCAGCUGGAGUCAUAACGAAGAUGCAACGAUGACUCAGCCGCAGGUGAAUGAGUUCAUUCCUCCUCCCGAGUGCCCUGUUUUUGAGCCCAGCUGGGAGGAAUUUGCCGACCCUUUUGCGUACAUCAACAAAAUACGACCAAUUGCAGAGAAAACUGGUAUCUGCAAGAUCCGACCACCGCCGGAUUGGCAGCCACCGUUUGCCUGUGAUGUCGACAGACUUAAAUUCACACCGCGAAUACAACGGCUUAAUGAGCUUGAGGCUCAGACCAGAGUUAAACUCAACUUCCUGGAUCAAAUUGCAAAAUUCUGGGAGCUACAAGGAUGCAAACUGAAAAUUCCUCAAGUGGAAAGAAAGAUUCUGGACCUGUACCAACUGAAUAAGUUGGUGAACGAAGAGGGUGGCUUUGAUGCAGUCUGCAGAGAACGCCGCUGGACUAAGAUUUCCGUCAAGAUGGGCUUUGCUCCAGGAAAGGCUAUUGGCUCCCAUCUGCGGGCACACUAUGAGCGAAUCCUCUACCCAUAUAACCUUUUCCAGACUGGAGCCAAUCUCCCUGCGGCCACCUUGACCAAUGACACUAAAGAUAAGGAGUACACCCCUCACGACCUGCCACAGCGCCAGUCUGUCCAGCCCCAGGAGACCUGCAGCAUUGCUCGCCGAGCCAAACGAAUGAGAUCUGAGAGGGGCUAUAUCAAAAUUGAACCCAGAGAAGUUCGUGAGACUCGUCCCAACCUGAGGAGGAGAAUGGGAACAUAUGCUGCCAAACCAGAACCUGUGAGAAUGGCAGUCACUGAGGUGAAAAAGGAGCCCAUUGAUCACAAGGAUACAACUGAAUAUGAAGAAACUGUAUUAGAUAAACUUAUCAAACCUCCAGUGAAUAAAGUGGACCACUACAUGUGUCUGGUGUGUGGCAGUGGAAGCGCUGAGGACCGCCUGCUGUUAUGCGACGGCUGUGAUGACAGCUAUCACAUCUUCUGUCUCAUCCCUCCGCUCCACGAUGUUCCCAAAGGCGACUGGAGAUGCCCCAGGUGCCUGGUUGAGGAAUGUGGCAAACCACCUGUUGCAUUUGGCUUUGAGCAGGCCAGCAGGAGCUACACCCUCCAAGCUUUUGGAGACAUGGCUGACUCCUUCAAGUCUGAUUAUUUCAAUAUGCCAGUUCAUAUGGUGCCUACUGAGCUGGUGGAGAAGGAGUUCUGGCGUCUAGUGAGUACCAUCGAGGAGGAUGUAACUGUGGAGUACGGAGCAGACAUCGCCUCCAAGGAGUUUGGGAGUGGUUUUCCCGUGAGAAACGGCCAUUUUGAAGUCUCUCCUGAGGAUGAGCAUUACCUGACCAGCGGCUGGAACUUGAACAACAUGCCGGUCCUCGACGCCUCGGUGCUGACUCACAUUACAGCCGACAUCUGUGGCAUGAAGGUACCCUGGCUGUACGUGGGCAUGUGCUUUUCCUCUUUCUGCUGGCACAUCGAGGACCACUGGAGCUACUCCAUAAACUAUCUUCACUGGGGUGAGCCUAAGACGUGGUAUGGGGCUCCUGGUUAUGCUGCAGAGCACCUCGAGGCGGUCAUGAAGAAACUAGCUCCUGAGCUCUUUGAGUCUCAGCCAGACCUCCUUCAUCAGCUGGUCACCAUCAUGAAUCCCAACACGCUGAUGAACAACGGCGUCCCGAUUUAUCGCACCAACCAGUGUGCAGGUGAGUUCGUCAUCACUUUCCCCAGAGCUUACCACAGUGGAUUCAACCAGGGUUUCAACUUUGCUGAAGCGGUCAACUUCUGCACAAUGGACUGGAUGCCCCUUGGCCGUGGCUGUGUGGAUCACUAUCGCCAGCUGAACAGAUACUGUGUCUUCUCCCAUGAUGAGAUGGUUUGCAACAUGGCCACUAAAGCAGACACGAUGGAUGUCGACCUGGCCGCCACUCUGCAUGAGGAUAUGGUUAUCAUGAUCCAAAGGGAGAAGGAACUACGAGAGAAAAUCACUAAAAUGGGUGUGAUGCAGUCUCGACAGGUUGAUUAUGAGGUGCUCCCAGACGAGGCGCGGCAGUGUUUCAAGUGUCUGACCACCUGUUACCUGUCUGGCAUCACCUGUGCCUGCAGUCCUGACAAGAUGGUUUGCCUGUACCACACCCAGAACCUCUGCUCUUGUCCUCCUAUCAACCUCACACUCCAUUACAAGUUUACACUGGAUGAGUUGUACCCAUUGAUGGCAUCUGUGAAGCUGCGUGCCAAUUCAUAUAAAGACUGGGUGUCUAAUGUUCAGGACAUUGUGGAAAACAAAGGAACCAAGAAAAAAGGGUUGGAGGAACUUCACAUCCUGGUAGAGCAAGCGGAAACAAAGGCGUUUCCUCAAAGCAGCCUCCUGGAUCAGCUGCGUACAAUUGCCUCAGAGGCCGAUAAAGUUUCUGUGACGGCACAGCAGCUUCUCAACGGGAAGAGGCAGACGAGGUACCGCUCUGGGGGAGGCAAGUCCCAAAGCCAGAAUGAGUUAACUGUGGAGGAGCUGAGGUUGUUUGUCAAACAACUGGACAGCCUGCCAUGUAACAUCCGACAGGCUCCUUUACUGAAGGACCUUUUGACUCGGGUGGAUGACUUCCAGCAGCGCAGUGAACGCCUCCUUUCUGAUGAGUCACCCAGCGCGCUGGAGCUGCAGGACCUGCUGGAUGUGAGUCUGGGCCUGGACGUGGAGCUGCCGCAGCUACCCCUUCUCAGAGAGAGACUGGAGCAGGCUCGAUGGUUGGAGACCGUUCAGCAAGCCAGCAGUCGGCCGGACAGCUUGUGUCUGGACACGAUGAGGAGGCUGAUAGACCAGGGUGUAGGCCUGGCCCCUCACAGCUCUGUGGAGAGGGCCAUGGCUCGUCUGCAGGAGUUGCUGACCGUGUCAGAGCAGUGGGAGGAGCGAGUGCUCAGUCUUCUGGAGGCCAGGCCAUAUCAGGGCAUAGAAACCCUUGAAGCUGCUCUGCAGGAAGUAGAAAACAUCCCUGCUUAUCUGCCCAACUGUCUGCAGCUGAAGGAUGUCGUCACCAAGGCCAAAAAAUGGCUCCAUGAAGCUGAAACACUGCAGCUUGGGGGACGUAUUCCUGUGCUCGACAGCCUCUCUGAGCUGGUUCUCAGAGCAGAGGGCAUCCCAGUGAAGCUCGACCCGCUCAGUCGACUGGAGGCCCUUGUCAGUGAUGUCCAGAGCUGGAAGGAGACGGCCACAAAGACAUUCCUAUUAAAAAACUCCCCUUUCUCACUUCUAGAGGUCCUCUGCCCAAGGUGUGACAUCGGAUCUGCAUAUCAGAAGUCAAAAUCUAAAAAAGUGAAAGAAGCUCCACAGAUCAUUAAAAAGACUUCAACAAAACUGGACUCUGUGUGUGAUGUAGAGAGAGCUCUCUCUGAGAGUAAGGACUCUGCCUCUGCUAUGACCACUCUCGCAGAGGUCCGACAGAGGGAGAUGGAGAUCUUACUGGCUCUGAGGUCUUCAAACGAGUCUAAGCUCCUUCCUGCUGAAAGCUGUUGUGCACUUAGUGUUUGUGUUUGCCAAAAGGCUCCCUCAGGAGCCAUGAUGCAGUGCGAGCUCUGUCGAGACAUUUUCCACUGCGGUUGUGUUACAACAACCGCAGAACUUGAGUACGGUCAGGCCUGGCUGUGCCCGCUGUGCCAGCGGUCGAGAAAACCACCUCUGGACAAAGUCCUGCCCCUGCUGGCCUCCCUUCAGAGGAUUCGGGUCCGCCUGCCAGAGGGCGACGCUCUGCGGUUCCUCAUCGAGAGGACUGUGAGAUGGCAGCACAGAGUCCAGCAAGCCUGUGCAGAUGGAGUACUCGAGAACGUGUCAAAGAUGGUGAGAGUUGGACCUAGAGAGUCUUCACAUUUGCCUCAGGAAAAGAGUGGGUCAUCUUUUUAUACAGAGCACCAGUCUGUUCCGCUCCACGGACUAAGUCCUGAGCUGGAGGAGCUGAUGGUGGAGGGAUUCCUGCUGCAGGUCACUCUGCCUGAGACGGAGCAGCUGUACAGAUAUCUACUCUACAAACUGGUCCCCCUGCCCUCACAGAGCCCUCCCUGUGGGAACAGCACAGAACAGGACCAGAAGUCUCCAAAAGGGAGCCCUCAACACAAGAAUGGCGUGUCGAGUCUGAAAAAGGAGGCCGUGAACACUCAGAGCAAGCGGACCAAGCGGCGUAAGGACAGCUCCGAUUCUCAGCACAGCGAGAAGGCCAAGAAGUGUCGCAAGAAAAAGCCCAAGAGAAGCAAAGAAAGGAGCGAAGAAUCGAAGAGAAGCGGUUCGCCCACACACACGUCGUCUGACCCUGCUCUUUCAGAUUCAGAAGAAGACUACUCGCUGUGUGCUGCACCGUGGUGCAGAGAGCCAGAGGGUGAUGAGGUAAACUGGGUCCAGUGUGACGGCAACUGCAAUCAGUGGUUUCACCAGAUCUGCGUCGGUCUGUCUGCUGAGCGUGCGGAGAAGGAGGAUUAUGUUUGCAUAAGCUGCACACAGCCAGAAUACAGCAGAGCAGAAUAAAGACCAAAAAGUCAUGUUGAAGGAUGAGCAGAUUUACUGCAGAUGCUGCAGCACUUAAGUGCACACCUGAACUCUGUGUGUCCUGCGGCUUCUCCCCUUUACCUUCUGGCUUGCCCUCAGUGAACAUGGUGCUACUUCUUUUUCCCCCAGAGUUACUAAAGACUUCUGUCACUGUUUUGUUUUUGUUUUGUUUUUUUCUCACAUGGCUGGGUUUUCAGCCAGUCAACUAAUCCUUUCUGAAACUUUCCAAGACUCGAUGCAGAUGUGGUAACAUGUUUCAAGAACCAACAGCGCAGGGAUUUUUCAACCAAAAAAAUGUCAGUUUGACAUUUUAGAACAGUUUGUUUUUCUUUUACAUGCAUCUGAACAAUGUGAAACUUAUCUUUUUUCUUGUAGAGUAAAUAUUAUUUAUCUAAGCAAUAGCUGAACAGAUUAAUUGAAAGUUCAGUUUUCACCUGAGCUAUAUUUGUGCGUAGAAAAACUUUGAUAAAAUGCCUUCCGAAAGCAAAAACCCUGAAGAAUUCACUUUAUGAACCCUAUGAUACACAGUUCACUUCAAAUUUGUGUACACGUCAAAACCGAAAUGGAUCAACGAUCCUUUCACAAAUCACUGACUUUGAUAUAAAGUCAGGUUUUCCUUCUGCGAUGUCUGCAGAGGAAAGUAAAAGUCCUGGACCCCAUAUUCCUGCUGUUGGGUGAGACUCAAUUAAAGCCACAAAGUAAGAAUGAACUGUCCGACAUCAAAGGAAUGUACAUGUUGUUUUUUGGGUGGAUUUUCCCUUUAUGGCUGAGGCUGAUAUAUGUGUUGGACUUAGAUUUAACACAGACUGUGUGAUUUAUUUUGCCACGGGUAUAUGACCUUUUUCCUGCUCCUUUGGGUAAAUAAUAUAAUUCAUAUGUUGCGGUUUGCAUUAUAAAAUAAAACGUUUGUUCCUGUA